AUUGUCAUAUGAGCUGUAUACCAUUUGCACAAUGCACAGUAUAUCGCUUUGUGUUAUGUUGUGCACCAAAGUAUCGCGUAUGGUCAUGAAUGUAUUUGCAUUCGUUUGACUCUGCCUUAUUUAAAUGCAACUUUUAAACGAUUUCGAAGCUGAAAUCAAUGAUUUCAGAGUACGUUUCAUCUUGUAACUUAUUCUGCAUUUGAAUGAGCACGAUGGCAGCCGAUGAACGGCCGAGCAGACUGAAAAACAGGAAACCGGUUUUAAUGAACAAAUUGGAAGGUUGCAGCGGAAAGGUGAACAGUGUUGUGAUUAUCCCCAAAGAAGAUGGAGUGAUUAGUGUGAGCGAAGAUAGGACUGUUCGGGUAUGGCUAAAAAGAGAUUCAGGAAUGUACUGGCCUAGCAUCUGUCAUUCACUCUCAAGUCCUGCAACUUCCAUGGAAUUCAGCAGCGAGACGAGGCGUAUCUUCAUCGGACAAGAUAGCGGUAUUAUUUCAGAAUUUUCUCUCUCUGAAGAUUACAACAGACUUCUCUUCAGGCGAGACUACUCAGCUCAUUCCAGUCUCGUCACAGGCAUCAUAUUCUCUUUGGUAGCGGAGUUUGUGCUGAGCGUGGGGAGGGAUAAAUAUUUCCAGUGGCAUUGCAGUGAGUCUGGAAGGAGACUAGGUGGUUUCAGACUAGAUGCCUGGGGAACCGCUGUGCAAUUUGAUGAAGACACCAAGCAUGCCUUCAUAGCAGACUACUCCGGCCAGAUCACAGUGUUAAAGGUCACUGACAACGAUCACCAGGUCAUUACAACGUUAAGGGGUCACUCGGGAAGCAUCAGAUGUUUGUCAUGGGACAGAGAGAAAAAGUUAUUGUUUUCUGGGAGCUUUGAUCAAUCAAUCAUAGCAUGGGACAUUGGUGGAGGCAAAGGAACAGCUUAUGAAUUACAGGGACAUCUAGGGAAGGUUGAUGCGGUGAGUUACUGCGGGCGUAGCAAACAUCUGUUUUCAGGGGGUGAUGAUGGCCAAAUCGUCGUCUGGGACAUGGACGAUCGUAGGAAAGAGACCCCAGACUGGCAAGAAAGUGAUGUCUGUCAAAAGUGUGGUGAUCCUUUCUUCUGGAAUUUCAAGGAAAUGUGGGAGAAGAAAACCAUUGGUGUGAGGCAGCAUCAUUGUAGGAAGUGUGGUAAGGCAUUAUGUGACGAUUGCUGCUUAAACAGAACAAGGCUCCCCGCACUAGGCUUUGAAUUUGAAGUCAGGAUUUGUGACGAGUGCCUUGAAGAAGUCACGGAUGAGGACCGGGUCCCCAUGGCAACAUUUCACGAAGCUAAACAUAAUAUCAUUUCUAUGCAUAUUGAUCAUGUCAAGGGUCAAAUGGUGACCUGCGGAACAGACAAAGUGAUUAAGCUUUGGGAUAUUUCAUCGAUUAUAUUCUGAGAAUUAAACGAGAAGACGUCCAAGAUGUCCACACACCAAUUUGCGCCCUCUAUUGGUUUCUGAAAGACAAUCCCAUGGAGACUUGUACAAUGAAAUUGUACAUAGCAGUUUAUAUAUGCACAUGUGCUUAUAAGAUAGUGUACAUAAUGUGGAAAAUUUCUGAAAGAUUAUUUGAAUAUAUGAAAGAAGUUGUAAUAAGGUGCACAGGAUGAUGUUCUUAUGUUUGUUUUCCAGAUCAGUGCAGAAAAUUUUAUUUUCACCUUUUUUUUGGAAGAGUGGAUUGGUUUGGGCAGAUAUAUUUGGAAUGAGACUUGUUUGGAUUUCAAGUUUUAAGGGUUUAACAGCAUGCAUUGCCUUCCUAGUACUGAUGAAUGCUCCAUUUUGUUUUGAAAAAAAAGUUCGGUUCACACUUCAUGAUCCUAUUUCUAAACUUUGAAAUAUCAUUUGAUAUGAACAUUCCAACCUGUAAAAGCUUAAUGAUCAAAGUUUCGACUAAUGGUAUGAAUACUGAAAUCGCAGUUCCAGUUUAAUUUUACUAUAUUAAGCAAAUUCAAUUCCAAGCCUAAUUAUGUUGUCGGCUGCGGCCAAUUUGGACUUUAGUUGGAUCACAAGGCUUGUAGCAAGCAGAAUUCUGAUUGUCGUAUUUCUAGCAUUAUGCAGAAUUUCAAAUAAAAUAGUUCGGCUCAUGAAACUUUUCAUAUUUAAUUCCAAAUUCACUUAGUUAAAAAAAUUGAGUCGUUGGACCGUGUAGUGUGCUGGCUGACAUAGGGAUCAGCAUAGAACAACGCUUUGACUUGAUAUUUCUAUGUUUAAAAACGACAAGGGUCCACUCAAUAAAUGAACGCAGAUUAAUUGGAUACAUUUCUAUGACUCCCCUUACAUAGGUAAACAUACACAUGCACUGAAUUACAGCUGUGCACAUAGUGCAAGGGAAAUAAUACAUACAUAUGACAUUAUCUUCCUAUGUUCAGUGAAAAUAUUGUGAAAACUUGUGGAAAUUUUAAUGUGCUACAUUUCUGGCAUUUUCUGCAUUCAUGUAACAUGUUUUCUUGCUGCAAACUCUGUGUUCCAUGUGAUUGAAAUAGUAUUUUGUUAUUUUUCUUUUCGUUGCUGGCCCCUGCCACUGCUGUGGAGUCACAAGAGUUCUAUAAACUUUUGAAUGUAAAAUACAUCUUGGGGGUAGUUUAAUGAACUAAAAACCAGAAUGGUAUAAACCAGUAGCCCGUAUGUUGAUGUUGACUAUUUUGCUUAGUAUCUCUGAAUGCCAGACUAGAUAUUUAAACGUAUAAUAUUUUGGCGCUCAAAAUGUUUUCUCUUUUGCAAAAUAUCAUGAAUAAUGAUAUGCAUAAUGUGCAUAGGGAUGAGUAAUCAAACUGUUGCAUGGUACCUGCAAAUACAAACUUACAAGAACAGCUCAAUUUCAAACUUAAUUUCUGUAGUUCUGUUACAUAAAUUAUAUAUAUAUUCCAGAAAAUAAUUGAAAUGUCUAAGACAUAAGCAUAGUGCAGACAUUUCAACCAAUCUGAAUUUUGAGGAAAGAUUAUGAUUGUUUCCAUGCAGAACUUUUGUUUCAAUAUGAUUUUCCUUUUUUUCUGGAUAACUUUACUGGAUAAUCACGUGGUAAAUACUGUUUCUUUCCAUUUUUUUUUGGCAAGAUCAUCCCUUUUUCUUUCCCAGUUAUAUGGGUUGAGAGGUUUACAUAGUAUAUAGUCUUCCCUAUGCUAACCAAAACAAUCAUUUAUAAAACCAUAAAUUGUCCCAAGUUUUAUUUUUGAUAUUUCUGUUUAUAACUUUAUUUGUCUUUCCCUUGAAUAUAUCUUUCAUCUGUCACACAAAUAUAUCGAAUCAGUAUAUUUCUGCAUUUUAUCCAUUGUGAUAGAUGUUAUUAUACUUCGUGUUAGUAUUGAUUAAAAAAAAAUAUUUUGUAAUAAUAGACCAAAGAUCUUCAUUUGGUGUGUUGCUUAUAAGCCGCCUUAUGAAUUUACUGUAUAGACGUUUCCUUUCUUCAUCAUUGGCAUUGUUUUCUUUGCAACUUAAUUUGUAAUUUACUUAUUUUCAAUCUUGCCUCAAGUAUAUUCCUUUUGCUUGAAUCAAUGCAAAUGCAGCGUAUGAAAACUCAAGUUCAUUUUCUGUGGGAGGUGGGUCAAUGCUUUUUGUAUAGUUCCUCAUGAAUUUACUAGUAAUGUGAAUAAUAUACAAAGCACAUGCUCGUGCAAAUAAUCAUGCAAAAAUUGAUAUUGGACUUACUUUUGUAAUGAAUUAAUGAUGUACAUUUCAACUUGGCAUUAUUAUUGAUUUGUUGGAUCUAAAAAAUAAUGAUUCUUUAUAAUGAUUUUACAUUCUGUUAUCAAUAUUUUGCUAUGGAUAUGAUCUGAAAUACACAUUUGAAAUCAUUUUAUCAAAUAACAGGAUUUUUUAUCAAAAAAAUGUUAAAUUGAUUAGUCUCUGCUCCUCAUUCCAUUGAUUUUGUAAGACAUAAAAGCAAAAAGCUUGUAUUUUUGUAUCGUAAUUGAACAACUCUAUUUGAAGAUGCACUGGUUAUAAUGACGUCGUUUGGGUAGGAUGUUAAUGGAGCCUCGGAUACAUACUUCGUUCUUAUGCAUUCUCAAGGCUCAUUCAGACUUGGUGCAAAAGAGCUCCAACCCAAUCAAAGUUUAACAAUGGUUAGCACAGCUGUGUCAUAAGUUAGAUUUGCACGUGUUGCAAAGAUCUCUUUAAUUACAUGUAGGGGGAAUGACAGGUACGAUGGUGUUCACUAUGAUAGCUCAGUCGAUAAAAGCAGUGGUUUCAUAAUCUGGCAACUCGGGUUCAAUUCCCACUUGACUUGCUUGUGCCCUUUGAUAAGGCAUUUGUCCUCCAUCUGAGAGGACCUUGGUUGUUCAUGUUUUCACCAUCAAGUUUAAAAAGACUCGUCUGAUUGGUGUUAGGUUAUGAGAAAAUGGUUCUUUUUACAAAAUUUCAGAAAAAUAAGAGAAAAUUAUUAAGCAUCAGUUUAUUCAAUCAAAAUUAAACAUUUUGAAAACACUUCUCGGGGGGUAGGGGGUGUACAUUUCAUGAAGACUGAAGUGUGGCUUUAAUAAAGUCAUGCUUUGAGUGUCUGGGCACGUGAUAUUUAACAGAAUAUCUUAUCAAUCAAUACGUAUUCAUUCAUGUCCUUUUAGUGUGAUCUGUAUCGAUAUAGUUUAUACCAUACACAACCUGGAAUUUAAUUGUGGUUUUUUAAUAAUUAUAAAACACCACCUACGGAGAGGACCUUAAGCCGUCGGUCCUCUGGUUGCUUGCUUACAAGCAAUCAUGCUUUCUUAGCAAUCGGGUAAAAAAAAUCACCCAUGUCUGAUCAAACUUGUUGCAUAGCAACUGUUCAAGGAGUACCUUGUAGAUACAUGUAGAUGGUUUAUUGAUAAAAAAAUCAUAACAUCAUUUUGGCUAAGGCCGAAUUGCGAUGUAUGUAUAAGGUACAUUGUAAUAAUGACACAAAUAUUCAAACACUACCGCAGAUAAUGGCAUAAUAAAUAAACAAAUAUAAUAUGGUAUUGAAAUUUUCUGUCAUUGAGGGAUUUCGGAAAGAAAUAUUGACAGGAAAUUAAAUCGGGUGUGUGGAAAAUGACGAGUGGGUAUGUUGUAACUUAUUACGUCUACGUAAAAACGGAAAUAUUCAACAGUUUGGCAAAAUAUAUUAGAUGACGAUAUUUCAAAUUGUGCAUGUAAUGCUUACGUUAAUAUAAUAUUGUGUAUUGUAUGUUUUCACAUUUCAUAAUGCAGAUAACUUAUAACAAUAUUGUCAAUAUGUAUCCUAUCUGUCUUUAUCAGUAUUAAUUGAUUUAAUUUUUCCUAAUCCUUAACAUCUGCGCACAUCGAAAGAAAUUUUGCGAAGCCCAUGCACUCCAUUAAAUGUUGAUUGAAAUUAAAGAAAUCGUUGGAAGAGGACACAAAGUUGAAACUGGUACGAUUUAUUCAUUUGGUUUUAUGAGGUAGUUUGCUUUCAUAAUUUGCCGAAUUCUGAUUCGUAAGAUUUUGUAUUUUGUGGGAAUGGUUUUGAUUAACGACCAUUCUUAAGAAAUUAUUUCAUUGCUCAGUCAAUGUCAGUUAAUCAUUUUUUUAGAAUAAUGAAAAUAGGAAAUGUUUUUGUACUGAAUCUGAAUACAUCUAACCAUUUAAAAAUUAGAGUUGUGGCUUUCCUACAUUCCGUUGUUCGAAAUCCGGUGACCUGGGUUCAAAACCCACUUUAUUCUCAUUACCAGGUCCCUCAAAGAGGACCUUCAGCUCUUUAUCCUCUUGUUACAUUUAAACAAGAAUUCAUGCAUUAUUAGGAGUAGGGCAAAAUGCCCAUCAUUAUCUAUCUAUUCUAGAUGCACAUUUGAUGUUUUUGCAGAAUUAAAAGUCAACUCUAGUUUUCUAGUCUACUCAUUGGAAGUAGCCAUUCUUACAUUUUCUCAAUAUAUACCCAUAAAUUCGCCUUUGACAUGUGAGAGGAUAUUUAGAAAUACAAGAGUAAAUAUUUUGAUGUGUGGUUCUUGAAUGACAGAUGUAUUUUUGUGUUUAUAUUAUGAAUAGGCCACACAAUAUAUAUGAUAUGAAGAAUUAAUACAAUGGUAAAGAUGUUAGAAAUUAAAGAAGUGGAAUAGUGUCAAUUGAAUUCUACUGGUGUUUUCUUUUCAGGGGAUGGGCAGGAUGAUGUUUUCUUGCUUGUCGCUAUGGGUGAAGAAGAAGAAAUGGACCUUCACAAUGAGAAAGAAAAGACUCGUCUGAUUGGUGUUAGGUUAUGAGAAAAUGGUUCUUUUUACAAAAUUUCAGAAAAAUAAGAGAAAAUUAUUAAGCAUCAGUUUAUUCAAUCAAAAUUAAAUCGGGUGUGUGGAAAAUGACGAGUGGGUAUGUUGUAACUUAUUACGUCUACGUAAAAACGGAAAUAUUCAACAGUUUGGCAAAAUAUAUUAGAUGACGAUAUUUCAAAUUGUGCAUGUAAUGCUUACGUUAAUAUAAUAUUGUGUAUUGUAUGUUUUCACAUUUCAUAAUGCAGAUAACUUAUAACAAUAUUGUCAAUAUGUAUCCUAUCUGUCUUUAUCAGUAUUAAUUGAUUUAAUUUUUCCUAAUCCUUAACAUCUGCGCACAUCGAAAGAAAUUUUGCGAAGCCCAUGCACUCCAUUAAAUGUUGAUUGAAAUUAAAGAAAUCGUUGGAAGAGGACACAAAGUUGAAACUGGUACGAUUUAUUCAUUUGGUUUUAUGAGGUAGUUUGCUUUCAUAAUUUGCCGAAUUCUGAUUCGUAAGAUUUUGUAUUUUGUGGGAAUGGUUUUGAUUAACGACCAUUCUUAAGAAAUUAUUUCAUUGCUCAGUCAAUGUCAGUUAAUCAUUUUUUUAGAAUAAUGAAAAUAGGAAAUGUUUUUGUACUGAAUCUGAAUACAUCUAACCAUUUAAAAAUUAGAGUUGUGGCUUUCCUACAUUCCGUUGUUCGAAAUCCGGUGACCUGGGUUCAAAACCCACUUUAUUCUCAUUACCAGGUCCCUCAAAGAGGACCUUCAGCUCUUUAUCCUCUUGUUACAUUUAAACAAGAAUUCAUGCAUUAUUAGGAGUAGGGCAAAAUGCCCAUCAUUAUCUAUCUAUUCUAGAUGCACAUUUGAUGUUUUUGCAGAAUUAAAAGUCAACUCUAGUUUUCUAGUCUACUCAUUGGAAGUAGCCAUUCUUACAUUUUCUCAAUAUAUACCCAUAAAUUCGCCUUUGACAUGUGAGAGGAUAUUUAGAAAUACAAGAGUAAAUAUUUUGAUGUGUGGUUCUUGAAUGACAGAUGUAUUUUUGUGUUUAUAUUAUGAAUAGGCCACACAAUAUAUAUGAUAUGAAGAAUUAAUACAAUGGUAAAGAUGUUAGAAAUUAAAGAAGUGGAAUAGUGUCAA